UUUUAUUCAAGUUCCACCAUGGCGGCAAAAGAGGAGUGCUCCUUCUUUAACAUUUGGCAUUCACAUUGCAGCGUAUACAUUUUAAACGAUACUAUUCCAGGGCUUUUUAUUUAUUUUUGAUAACUGUGCAACACUGUUUUUAUUUCAUGAAUUCAAAAUGGUGCGCAUUGUUUAAGACGGACAAUUGGCAUUUGUGUACAUUUUGUUUUUUGCGCAUUAUAGAAGUUUAUAAAACACUUUUAAAUAAUUUGCUUAUCUAUUAAAAAGAAUUUCUAACUAUAAUGUUGGAAACCAAGAGCAUUGCUGCCUUGGCCUUCAAUGAGACGCCGCGCAAACGCAAACGCGAAACAAAUUGCGCAGCCGCCACCCUUAAAACCGAAGGAGUAGCAGCAGCUGCUGGUGCACCUGGUGCUGUUGAAGGAAAUGCGUCGUCAUGCUUCACUAACGCCGCAUUCAGCUCGACGCCUAAAAAAUUGGUAGGACGUCGUCGUUUGGUCAAAGAGAAUGAGCAACCAAAUCCAUUUUCUGGACAUCCGGGACUGGAAAUUAAAUCGAUUGCGGAUUUGGCUGCAAUGCAGCAACAGCAGAAGGAGCAGCCGGGACAACUCUCACUGAAUCCCUUUGAGGUAGUACGUCAGCCUUCGAAAAAGAAGAAGCGCGCGCAUGCUUGCUUCGAAAAUCCAGGCUUAAAUCUGGAGCUGCCGGAACGUCAAUUUAAUCCUUAUGAGGUCGUACGCUCUACUGCCACUCCCACCAAGUGCUUUGUAAACGAGGCUUUGAAUUUGCGAGGCAACGAUACUCCCGCCUCGCUGAAUCCUUUUGAAAUUCACCGCCGCAGUGAUAUCUCCAAUGCAGCUUGCAACCCAACGGGCGUAGAGAAUCUGGCAUUGGCCGAGGAGCCAUUACCCACCAGCUUAAAGAUUGGCUUGCCAUUUACACCGAGACUCAACUGUCGUAUCGAUUUCCAUGGCUUAUCGCUGGCUCAGUUAACGCCCAGCAAGCUGCUCGCUGAGAAGUUAGUCUUCUCGCCAGUUCCAAAGCAAUUGGAGGCGCCAGCUAAACGUUCGCUUGGCUCCAUCAGCGAGGAGAGCAGCAGCAUGGACAUUGGCAAGGAACUGGACCGCUACCAACUGGAGCUAGAGAAUAGCAUCAAUGAGGCAAAGUUACGCAAAAAUGGACUGGUGCUUGAGACGGAGCAGACAGAGCUGGAACUAGUUUCCAGAGUCGAACAGGGAGCCGAGGAGCGACGCUUUGUCUGCACCACACGCAAGCAAACCUUAACAGAGAUACUGGAAGCAAAUGAGGAGGAGCGGGAGACGGAGCAGCAGACGGAGAAGGAGGAGCUGCCACAGCUGGCAGUUGAAGAUGUAGCUUAUGCUUCUGAAGAUUCAGACGAGGAACAGGAGCCGGAGGCCGAUGCUGUUGUUGAUUUUAAGCCCCCUUCCCGUUUUGUGCGCUCCUAUCGACCAGCUGGAACUGCUGCAACUAUAGCUGGAAGCAAGGAGUCACUACACUCUAUAACAUCGUCCAAAUCUGCCAAGUCCUUAGAGCUGGACGCUAACAAUAUACGGAAAUCCAUAAGGAAGCCCAAACUGCAGGCAGAACAGCGUGAACAACAGCCGGAAAAACAGGCACAACUGGAUGGCGAUGAUGUGGCUUAUGCAUCCGAAUCGGAGCCAGAGGAGGAAGAGCAGGCUGAACAGAAUUUUAAGGCUCCUGCACGCUUUGUGCGCGCCUAUCGGCCAGCAGGUGCAGGUGCAGGUGCAGCAGCUUCUGCAAAUGUGGCGGGCAGCAAGGAGUCCUUGCACUCCAUUGCUUCCGGAAAAUCUGCCAAGUCUGAGGAGCUGCAUGCUGCGCACGGCGUUCGAAAUAUGAUAAGGAAAUCCAUUAGAAAGCUAAUACCCAAGCCGCAGGCGGAGCAGGAAUUGGAUUCAUUGGAGAAACCUCAUCAUAAUAUCUUAACCAGCAUACGCCACAGUCUGCGCCGGCGGCCACAUAAGCCGCAGACGGAGUCCCAACCGCCAAGUUGCAACCCAUUGGACAUUUCCAUUGUGGACAGCAGUGAGCGAACCAUGAAGUUACGUUCCACAAUUCCACAAACCGAGUACAUGACCAUUGAUCAGCUAACUAAUGAAAAGAAGCAUACACUGCGUAAUAGUAUCAGACGUUCCACACGGGACGUUCUCCGACAUGUGUUCCACAAGAGUCACGAUGCCUAUGCGACGGCCAAGUGAGUAGGCGAAGGAGAACGAGUGCAGUGAGAGAGGGACAGAGAGUGACCGAUUAGACCGAUCCACUAUACUUACGCAAUGGCCAAGGCAGAGGGUUCCACACAAACAUACAUGCAUACCUACUUAGAAUGAGUGAGAGAGGGACAGACAGAGGUUGCACUCUCAUACAUACAUACAUAACAAGUUCUACAAGUUCUUUAGCAUCCAAAGAUUGUCUACAACGUUUUUUUUUUCUUUUCUAGUAUUAAGUUUUAAUUGAAGCGACAUUUUUUAAUGACUUCUCAAGUAUUUGCUAUUUCUUAUUCCCAUAAGUCAUAGAUAUUAGGCAGAUAUAUAGUCUCACACUCGCAGAUCCAUGAGUGCACUUUUUCGAUAUCUGAAGCAUAAGCUGAAACAACUUGCAAACAUCUAACUGUACUUAAACCUAGAUAUAACACUAAUGUUAUUCUGAGAUUUGCAUAAUGUGAGCUAUAAACUAUUGUUGAUUGAGGUUAUCUUUUAAAAGUUUUGAAAUGCCAUUUUUAAUGUUUUGUAUGUUCAAGC